AUGGUGCCUUUGGAGUUUGUUUUGCCAAUUCCAGAAGGUGAAAGCCCAUUGAUGGCGAUUGAUGGUUCGAUUCCAGUUAUAGAUAUGAGUGGACUCAAUGGAUCUGAUGAACAAAGACUAUCAACUAUACAUGUCGCUCAUUGGGGAUUCUUUAGGGUAUUGAGCAAUGGGAAAUACAAGAGCGUAGAGCAUCGAGCAAUAGUUAAUGUGGAGGAGGCUCGGAUAUCUAUAGCAGUUGGUCACGGCCCAAAAAUGGACGCAAUAGUUCAGCCUGAAAUCCCACUUAUCAAAGAAAAGAGCGAAAGCAAGUAUUGA